AUGUCGACUGUGCACGGCAAAAUCAUGACUGGGAACUAUACUCAGUCUCAAUUUCAAGAAUUUUCAGCAAGUAACCUUGAGAGGACCACCAACAUUCAACUGACAGACUACAGUCCGCAUGACCAACCAAGGUUCCUAAACUCCACCAAGCCAAUUGUACCAAGAGUGGACAGCAUAGCUUUGUUGACGCAUCGCAGAAAGAGAACUAACUUCACGCAACAGCAGAUCGAAGUCCUGGAAAAAAUAUAUACGGACACCAAAUAUCCUGAUAUUUACUUAAGAGAGAGACUGGAAGCAUUGACUGGUUUACCAGAAUCUAGAAUUCAGGUAUGGUUUCAGAACCGACGCGCAAAGUCACGGCGCCAAGUAGGAACGCAAAUUCCCGUGAAGUCCAAAGGCAACUGUCACAUCAAUAAAGCAUCCACUGCGUCGUUUUCCCUACGACAAAAUCAGGGAGGUCAUGAGAUGCAACUGACGCCCGUCUUCUCACGGGGGGACAGUUUCAACAAACCGCUCAUCACCACUGGCGACCAGUCGUACUGCAAGGCGGCUGACUGCAGCUACGGCUCCACCGUAUCAUGCAUGUUGAGUACGCCGGCAGAGGACAGUGUUACUACGGAUCAGGUGAAGAGAGACCACCCGGCUGCCGUGGCGCCUAGUAACGUUUACCACUACCAAAGAGGAAGCGGGAAGAUUUCCUUUCAAAACAAAACAGAAUCUACAACUAAACACAUGCUGGUGGACUAUGACAAUUUCCCUCCUAACAGAACCAUCGGCCCGGACAUGAAAGUUGUUAUUCCUCCGAUGCCAGCACUGAAUACAUUCAACAGGUUGUCACCAAAACAAGUCACCUGUCCCGUCCAACACAUGCAAGUCAAAGUCCAACAUGGCAGUUUGGGCCACUUUUCACCGAUUCGUGGUAGUGAAGCAGGAGAGUUUUCCGAUUCUGACUCUGACUGGGAAAAAGAAGCCAUGUCGGGGUUUAAUGGCUUUUUAUAG